AUGUCUCUCUCUCUGUUCACCGUCUCGCUCGCGGCUAUCUCUCCGCGCAAAUCCAUCGUCGUGACAGACGUAGACGGCACUCUCUUCUCAUUUGCGGGCCGCGACCUCUCGGACGGCAACCGUCGCGCUCUGACAGAGUGUGUGGAGAGCGGCGUGCACGUGAGCCUCGCUACGGGGCGCAUCCCCGGCCCGUGGUUCGAUGCGCUCAAGGAGCAGGUCCCCGGCAUCGGCGCGUGCGUUUUUGGCAACGGAGCGCUGGUCGUCGACGGAAGCGGCUCGCCGAUCUGGGAGUCGCAGCUGCCCGACGAGAUCGUGGCUGCGGUGCGCGAGUACACGCUUGGAGGCUGCGCCGGCGGCGACAGCGCGGCCCGGCUCUGCGUCCUCGCCGCCACGCGCUGGGAGCCCGGCGCGCCCCACGCCAUUCGGUACGUCGAGCUCUCUCCGGACGGCUCGCCGUCGGCCAUCACUUCGCUGAUCGAGCGGGCGGGCGAGCCGGACGCGGUGCUGCUGCCGAGCCUAGACGGGCUCGAGGCGAGAGGAGUGCUCAAGUUUGUGAUCUGGACGCUGCCCGGCGAGGACGGGUGGGCGAGCAUGGAUGCGACCGUCUGCGAGCUUCGCGCGCGGCUCGAGGGGCUCGGCGCGACGAUACUGCACCACGGAGACCGGUGGUGCGAGGUGCUCCCUCCUGGCGUCGACAAGGGCAGCGGAGUGCUCAAGCUGCUCUCCUCGCUGGGCGUGGCGCCGGAAGACGCGCUCGCGGUUGGCGACGCCGAGAACGACCUCAGCAUGCUCCGGAUAGUGGGGAUCGGCGCCGCGCCUGCAAACGCGCAGCCCGCCGCCCUCGCCGCCGCCGACGUGGUCGUGCCGAGCAACAGCGACGACGGCGUGGCGGCGGCGAUCCGCAAGUACGUCCUCCCCGAGGAGGGCGCAAACAUGCUCGACUUUUACACGCUGGACAUGUGUCCCUUCGCGCAGCGGUGCUGGAUCGUGCUUGAAGAGCUCGGCGCGUCGUACUCUCGCCGCGCCGUCAACUUGCGCGGCAGCGAGGAGGAGAGGGCCUCUGCUCUCCCAAUGCCGUGGGGCUCCCGCCUUGGGACGGCGCGGUACGAGCGCGAGGUCAACCCGCGCGGCAAGGUGCCGGCGCUGCGCGACGCGGAGACGGGCGUCACGCUCUUCGAGUCGCUGCUGAUCAACGAGUACCUCGCCGAGCGGCAAGAGGGCGGCCCACUCUUGCCGGCCGACCCGGCGGCGAGGGCGCGCAUCCGCCUCUGGAACGAGCAUUGCGACUCGCAGCUGGCGGUGGCGCACUUCACGCUGCUGAUGAAUAAGGACGCGCCGUCCGAGGAGGCGAAGCGGGCCGCCCUUGACGCGGCGCUCGACGUCUACGAGGCGCGCCUCGUCGGGCCGUACCUGCUCGGCGACGCCUUCACGCUCGCUGACGCAAACGCGCUCCCCUUCUUCGAGCGCCUCGACUUUUCGCUGAGGCACUACAAGCAGAUCGAUGCGCUCGCGCGGCACCCACGCACGCGUCGCUGGCUGGACCUGGCCCUUUCGCGGGAGUGCUUCCGGGCCACAAGGCAGCCCGAGGCGAAGCUGGUCGAGCUGUACGACAAGUUCUUGGAGGCAGACUACGCCUUUGGCGGGCUAAACAAGAACUGA